AUGAAAGAUUUUGUCCUCUCUUUGCUGAGUCGUGGGUACGGCCAAAUUGUGCCAAAUGAAGACGGUCAUGAUGGAAGACUGGAGGUUUGUUUUGAACCAGAGGACUACUUCAACUGGAAAUCCCAGCCUCCAUUGCUGCGUCUUACCAGCAGCGGCCGUUUUUUUGGAGGCCAGGAGCCAGUUCCUCCUAAGACCUACAGUAUGAGGAGAGGGCCUCUUAUUCUGUAUUCAGAGGAUCUCGCACUGGCAUACCAGACUGGCCAGGUUAACAGGAAGAGAAAGGCUCCAAGCUGCCCAAAACAGGAAGUUGAGAAGCAGCUGCACAUACUGCAAGACCUGACUGGAGCUAUUUUGGCUUUUGGAAAAAAGAAGUCAACGGUUGGAUCUCUUGCCGGCGUAACGCACCCCUUAUUGCCAGAUACUAAACAUGCUAUACAGAACAUCAACACUCAUCACAGACCUGGAGAGAAGAACUAUAAUUCAAGGCAGGUUAAAGGUGAGACUCUCUAAACAAUCCGAUAUCAGCUAUGUUUCCUCUGUUCCCCUCGGCCCAACAGGGCAAACCUGGGUCCUCUACCACCCAUAACGGAUGGUUCGGUACAUGUACAAAUCCAGGAGAAAACUCAAGUGAUUCCAAAUGAACAAGUGGCCUUUAAGACCAAACAACAGAAAGAGCAACUGAAGGAGAAGCCGAAAGAGAGAAAAAGACCAGUAAAGAGUCUCAGGAUAGCAGUUGACACGUGCAGAGCUCACAUGAGUCCGAUCCCUGAGACAGAACCUGCAAAUCAGACUGAAGAUCAAACAGUGACACCAGCAAACAAAAAAAUCACCUCUACAGUAUGUUCAUCUGUGAUCGACCAUCCCAAGGAUCUAAACGGCUGUGGAAAGCGCAGCCAGAUGGAGAGUGGAGGUGGUGUUGGAGAGAUGUGCACUCUGACGUCAAUGUAUGUGGAUUCGUCUUUGGAAUACAGCCCACUCUCACAGGUCAACUACUACGGUGGACACAUGGAGGGAUCCCGCCAGAAUGUUCUGCAAACUGUGUUUGCUUUGGUGAGACACUGUGGAGGUGAAACUCACAUGAGGAGAGUGAAUACAGAAACAGAUCCCAGCUUACCGCACUUACCGCCCAUUAACCAGAGCCCACUGGUCAACUCUCUAACUGACAUCACUUUAACAAUGAAUCAAACAGAAAUAAAAGAGAAAAAAAGCAGCUGUGAGAAUUUACCAAAAAGGGAACUACACGUACAUCUCCCUGACAUCAAAGAGGGAACUGCACAUGAAACCCCCUCAGAGAGAUGCAUGCACAGCAAAGUGCUGCUUCUUUUCUCUGCACAAACAGACACCCAUCAGCCAGACGAUGACCUCCACAGGACACCUGUUGAGGAGACGGAGCCACCUGGUGAUUUGGAGCAUGCAGAGGGGCAAGACCAAAGAAAACAGGACCCUCACUCUGACAGCAAGUGCAGGAUUAUAGAGAUGGAUCUUGGAAAUGUCAUGUGGUCUGAUGAUCUAGAAAAAAGAGAUCAACAUCCCCCUCUUGGUCCAUUGCCCCCCCUGGUGGGCCGGAGGGGUCCAGGUAAACAGAGCUCCAUGGCUGUGUACAGACAGAAGCUACAUGACCCUGCAGGCAAAUCAGAAGCAUAAACAGGAAACACUAGAGGUUGCAUCCCUCUGGAGCUCAGAGAAUGGCAGGGAGGCAAAGCAGUGGGCACCCUAAUAAUGGGUCCUGACGGUGAAAUCAUACGCUUGUCUCUCUGGGAUCCCGCAGUUGACACUGAGGACCACCCAAUAAUGGGUGAUGUCACACAAGGUCACGUUCUUAAGGUUGUGACUUCUGAGGAGAGAUUUGAAACAGCUACAGAUGAAGAGGAAGACACCACAAGUAAUACUGAAGAAACUACUUCAAACACUGAACAGCUUGACUCUAGUCAUGAGGUGUUUAGGGUCAAUAAAACUGCAGAGACAAUUAACACUAAGAAGAGGCAGCAUCCAUUAGGUUCCUACAAUAAAACAGUUUGGAAGAGGCAGGUGUUUAAGGUCAACUCUCAUGAAGAAACUAAUGCAGAGGAGGAGGAGGAAGAGGAGGAGGAGGAGGAAAAUUGUUUAGACUCUGACAUUAAACCCAUUUAUAAUGCACAGGUAUCUAGGAAAGCUCACAUACAACAGAAUAAUGCAGCGGAUGAAGAGGACGAUUUAGGCUCUGACUGUCAGAUUAUUCAGAAAGAAAGGGCGAUAAAGGUGAAAUCAUGUGUAAAGCAGACUAAAUCCAAGAGGAAGGAAAAUUGUUUAGGCGCUGACAAUGAAAUAAUCCAGGAGGAACAGGAAUAUAAGGUCAGAUCACAUGCAAAGAGAACUAAAGCCAAGAAGGAUGACUGUUUAGGUGCUGACAGUGAGAUCAUCCAGGAGGAAGAGGUGUUUAAGGUCAGAUCAAGUGCAAAGCAGACUAAUGCCAAGAGGAAGGAUGAUUGUUUAGGAGCUGAGGGUGAAAUAAUCCGUGAGGCACAGACAUUUAAGGUGAGAUCCCAUGCAAACCAGACUAAAGCCAAGAGGAAGGAGGACUGUUUCAACUCUGACAGUGAAAUAAUUCAGGAUGAACAGGUCUAUUUACCUGAGGAGAGAUUAGAGGAAAUGAGCAGCUCCACGGCUCACCAGCUCAACAAAACCGGAGAGGAGGCCACUAGGGUGCAAAGAAACCGAAAAGUAAAGACAACAACUUUACAGCCGGAAACAAAGGUGACACGGGGGUCAAGGAAGUCCAAAGGUGCUGCGCCUGCUAUCAGCCCUAAAUCAACACAUUUCACUCCCAGAGCACAUUCACCGGAGUCUUUGUCUCCUGAAGGACAGGCAGAAAUCCAGACAGGAUUACCAACGGAGGCAGAGAAAGGUCAUUCGGAAAACGCAGGUGGAAGAGAAGACGCAGAACACAUGCUGGUGGAGAAAGUGAAGAAAAAUAAAAAGUCUAGUAAGCAAACAGGCAAAACAAAAGGGAAGAGUGUUCAAAUUCAUGAAGACAUUGAGACCCAGAAUGCCAGUGUCCCUGAGGAUCCCACUUCUACUUCGAAGAAAGUAAGAAAAACAGAAAAAAGAAAAAAAGGAAGAGCCUAUAAAAGCCCAGAAUUCAACAAAGUUAAAAAGAAAAAGAAAAAGGGUCAACCAGCAUUUGUUGUGGGAAAACCUCGGCCACAGGACGCUGAAUGGAUGGCAAAUCCAGUGGAUGAGCCUGAGAGACUGAUGACCCUUAAGAGAGAGGUGAACUCACGACUAGAAAACACAGAGAACACGCCAGAACACACCUAUAUUGACUCUGACGAUGACAUGGAUGCUGAUACAGACUCAGAGAGUACAGACACACAUGAAGCACACAAAAUCUCUCCCAGAUCAGUUUACAGCUUAUACAGAUCGCAGCGCUCACUCAUUACAGCUCGUUCAGAUGCCAGCAUUCGCAGACUCUCACAGAGCUCCAUCAGAACCAGCUCGAUGGGGACGAUGUCCCACUGCGGCCCGUGCAGCCCAGCCCACCUGCCUCCUCAGUCAGCACUCCCUUCUGCCUCAGACCCCACUACAUCUGAGCCAGGCAAUGAUGUUAAAAGCAACAAGGUUCCAACUAACCAAACAGACAAAAAAGCUGCAGCGCUGGCUGAAAGGGCCGAGCGCCGUCGUCUGGAGGUGGAGAAGAAACGGAGGGAGAGAGAGGAGGAAAAGAAGAGACAGCAAGAAAAAGAGGCGACAGAAGAGAGGAUGAGGCUGGAACUGGAAGAAGAACAGAGGAGGAAAGCAGAGGAAGCGAGGUUACGGAAGAUUAGAGAAGAAGAUGAGAGACAAAGAAGACAGGAGGAAGAGAUGGAGAGACAGAGGAGAGAGCGGGCAGAGAAGGACAGAGAAAGAAGACGACAAGAGGAGAAGAGAAGGCUGCUGGAAAGGCUCCAGAGAGAAAGACAGGAAGAGGAAAAACGACAGGCUGCCCAACUGGAACGUCAGCGUAUGGAAGAGGAAGCUAGGAAGGAGGAGGAGCUCAGGAAGCUGUCAGAGAUGGAGGAGGCUGAGAGACUGGAGUACCUGCGCAGACAGCAGGAGCAGGAGGAGGAGAGGAGGAGGGAGGAGGAAGCAGCGAUGCACGCUGAAGAAGAGGCCAGGCUGCAGGCUGAACUGUUUGCCAGGCAGAGGGCAGCACUGGAGCAGCACUUAAAGUUUCACAGGGGUCUUUUUGUGGAGGCUGAAGGGCUGGAGCAGACACAGGAUAUCUCUCUGCCCUGGAUUUUCUCCUAUUUCACCCUGUUGAAGCUGCUUGGCUUGGCUGAGCCCACAUCUAAGGACACACUCAAAGAUGUGCUGUAAUUCCUUCAUUUGGGUUCAUUCAGUAAAUUCUCGCAACUAGUGUUUCAGUUGUGCCAUU